CUCACUAUCGAUACUGCCGCUUUGGGGAUCUUCGGUGCGGCGAAGCAAGCUAGCAAGAGCAAGACGGAAGUCGGAAGAGGAUACAACCCACGCUCCAUUCCUCUUCCUCGCAAAAUAUCCGCACGAGUCCUACCGCGUGCGGCGGCCGGAAGGAAUUCGCUCGGAUUGAGCGCCCCGCCGCUGGGAUCCCGCCGUUGUUCGCGCGAGAAUCCAAGUCUACCGGGGCCGCGAUCCUCGCAUCGCGGCUUCCCGUCACAUCUUGACCGAGGAAUUUCUGUGGAGCCGCCGUGGAGUCACCGGAGCCUUCCUCUGCGGUGCCCAGGGCGGCUGGGUCGUCUCGGGUUCGGGGUUGAUGCGCGGCGUCUCCGGCGCCACUGCUGCGACGUACGGCGAGACUGGUGCUUCAGAUCGCGGAGCCGGCCCCGGGUUGUCCUUCCACUUGCUGUGGCUGUGGCUGGGGAUCGGUGGUGGGGAGUAAAGCCUGGGGAGUGAGCAGAUGGAAGAGGACUGUAUUUUACUAUUCUCGCUACCACUUGGAUUUCGCUCCAGUUAGACAGUAGAUUAGCCUUAUCUUGCUCGCCGAUCAGAGCUUAGAGUGGUCUGCCCGUGCUCGCCGGAGCAGGUUCUUGGUGGUUUUGGGGAGCAGUUGCUCAAUCGCUGCAAGCAGAAGCAUAAUCGGGAGUUGGUUUGUCAGAGGAACCAGUCUGUGUGUGGUAACUUGGGCCGUGGAAUUGCGCAAAUCCAGCUUUGCAGGGUUGCUGCAGCUGGAUAUGGUGCAUGUGAAAGAAUCUAGAGAGCUUGUUCGAUUGCUUUGCGUCACACAAUGUCUCGGUGCUUCCCAUUCCCGCCUCCCGGGUAUGAGGCAAAGCCCAGGAGUGAGCAUAAGGAUCUGCUAAAGAAGGAAAAUCACAAGGCAAAGAAGCACAAAAAGGAAAAGACGGAUGGGGGCAAAAGAGAAAGAAAAGAAAAGGAUCGUGGUUAUAGGAAAGAUAAGCACAAGAAGAAACACAAAAGAGAGAAGCACAAAGAUAGGAGAGAGAAGAAAGAAAGAGAUAAAGACAAAAGACAAAAUUUGGAACUGGGAACCCAGAAGAAGGAUGAUCUUGACAAUAGAAGACCCAAACAAAUAGUGCAUAAUGAAGCAGUCAAAUAUAGCAAACAUAAAGAAGAGUUGGCUACCCAAAUCACAGGCCAAGAAGGUCAUGCAAACCGCACCAGGAGUAAUACUGGCAAGUUGCUUCCUCGAAGCAUCGAGUCCUUUGGUGUUGUAGGUUCUAAAGAGAAGGAAAGAACUUCUAUCAGUAGAGUGAAUGGGAAAUCCGGGCAAAUUGCUCAGCACAAUCAUGCCAGUGAAAAGGGAAAGAAUAAAACUAGAAUCUUGAGUGGUACGAGCCUUCAACUUGGGUCAGCUGAAAAACGUUCUACCAGAAUACAUGGUAGUAGUGGAGUGGGCCUGCAACAGGAUAGCUCUAAAGGUAUAUUUGUUACUACCACAGCCUCUCAACAGAAGUGCAGAAUUACACCAAGUGCAAAUGCUGCGCAGAGAACUGAACAAGUGGACCAACAUCCAGAUGGUUCUUCUCAUUCUGCAUAUGGAAAAGGUGACAGCGUGAGCACCAAGUGGAUGGCAGAGAAUAAAAAAGGGAAUGCUGACAAUUUUCAUUUCGGGAUGGAUAAGCAAUCGGCAAGAGGCAAAAGUGGAGGAGAUCAAGGGAUUGCAAAGAUUAAGGAGGCAAAAGCUAAUCAUCAGAAGAGUGUUAAAGAUGGAGAUAAAAGGCAUGGUGUAAAUCAGAAGGUUGUUAAAGACAGAGAUAGAGAUUGCAAUGUAAAGAAAAGAAAGGCUAAAGAUGGUAAUGAAGGCAAAACCAGGGAGAAAAGAAGUGCUAUAGAUGAGCAGAAACACAGAGAGCUUGAUGGAGAUGGGGCAAGCAAGAACUAUAUUCAUGAUCUAAUGGACUUGGCUCAUCUUAAUGGGAACAAGUUCACUUCUGAUGAUGUCAAGAAAAGGAAAGGCUUAAACGCUAACAGUUCUCUACAUGAUCAUCAUAGUAUGCCAAUGGCUAAGAUGCCAAGGACGUCUCCUGCCAAUCAUCUUUGUGUGAAUGGGGAAAUGUUGAAGCAUUCUCAGCGAACUGCACCUACAUUACUAGUGGGCACAAACCCUUGUGAGGCAGGCAUACUUGAAGAUAGCAAGGAAUGCAUCAAAAAUGGCAUGACCGGCCUCCUCUACCUAGAGGAACACAAUUCUGCAGUCUGUCCAUCCAGCUAUGGCAGCAGUGAAGUCUCUCUGAAACCAGCUCACCCUGAUACCAAGUAUCUGAGCCAGCUGUACUCCGUACCAGCGGCCGAUGACCGCUCAGAGUAUAUUGAUCAAGACUGGCUGUUUCCGGGAGACCGUGUUCACCAGAAAACAACGAUGCUUGAGGCCGCAGAAGCACCCCAGGUCUGGGCUGAAGCACAGCUGAUCGAUUCUGCUGGUGUAGUUGCUCUGCCUUAUGUUGUUCCUUUGUAAUGUGAAACUCCUCCAUUAUGCGCACAUGAGACGGCUUUCAUAGUUUUGGGCUAUGAUCAGGAAGUGCAGAAGAUAGGAUUCACUUAUUCGUUUUGCUGUCAUGCCAGCAUGGUUUUGUUGGCGAGAUUUCUGGCCACUAAACUGCCAGUGACCCCAGUUGAGGUUUUGUUGUCUGUAAGGUUGUGCUGCAUAUCAGAUGGUACGACGGCUGACGGGCACACUUGAGAUUCUGUACAUGAAGCGAUUGGAUUCAGCGGCAAGUGUUGCUCCUGCUGUACCGCCAGACAGUAUGGUGUUUUUCUUUCUUUUGCGAAAACACAGUUUUGGCGUUGUAUUCGUAAAAUUUUCAUGAAAGAAAUGUUUAGAGGCCAAGGAACUCGAAACACGAAAAAUGAAGUGUCUCUAAGAUCCUUUAUUGUGCUUGAACAAGAGCUUGUUUUGAGUUU